AUGUCAGAUAUUCUGCUGCUGCAAUUAGAUGGACUGACGUCAAUGACUUUAAACACUUCACUGGUUGAAGCUGAUCGAAGGUCAUUAAAUGAGACUUUCCACUAUCUACAUCCCCACUAUCACCCUCAACCACAUAAUCAUCAUCCUUCCCCCACAAGUUCAGCAUUCGAUUUGGCAUUUGAAAGUAAGAAUCCAUCAAUGACUCAUCUACAUCCAUCAGCAAGAGUAGCUCAAUUAGAGCCAGAAGAAUAUGCAAGAAUAAAUGCAAAGGAAGCAGAAUUCUUAGAGAAGAAUAAAACUGGUUGGAUUCAUGGUUAUCAUGUACCUUAUAGUGUUAUUACUUAUGAUAGUUAUCUGCAAUAUUCAACAAAGAAGAAACUAAUAAAACAUUAUGAUCAACAUCUGUUUACACCAAAAAUGGUAAUUAAUCAAAUUGAACAUUCUGCCUUUUCACGUAAAGAUUCAGAUGCUUCUAUAGCCCAUAUACCAAUACAAGAACAAGUAGAUCAAAGAGUUGGAGAAGUUUUAAUUAAAGAAGAAAGCGCAGGUGCUUUUUCUGGAUAUUUCUCAAUUCCAAGAGUCAGUUAUAAUGUUCCAAAUACUUUUAAACAUAAUAAGCAUCAAUUGAGAUUGAUGAGUGAUGUUCCUAAAUUAACGUUUCAAAAUAAUUUCACCCUGGAUAAUUUAACUUAUGUAUUUGGUGGUUUAUAUGUAUGUAAACUUACUACAUUUAAGAAUUUAGGUUUACCUCUGGAUGUUGAUAUUUCUCAAAUAUCUGUAUAUUUCCCAUAUGAAUUACCUCCAUUUGUCAAUGUCAAAAUGUUAACAAGUCCCUUUAUGCAACCAUAUAAACAAUUCUUUAUGUUUAAUGCUUCACGAGGAUCAGUAACAUUUCAAGAUACUUCAAGCAAUAAGGAUUUUCCAGGUCAUAUACUUUCAAUGUCAUCUACAAAGAUAUCACCUAGACAUUUUUUCUUUUAUGGUGGAUUUGAACUUCAAACUACUUCAGUACUGUAUAAUCCGGAAAUCAAUCGAUGGAUACUUCAUAAGAAAUUAAUCCCCAAUGAAGAUGGAUAUAUCAUAGAUACAAUAUCAUUGAAAUUUACCAAGAUUAAACUUGAAAGAAAAAGUGGAGGAGUUGAAAUUGCUCGAUUGGGUACUGCAAUAUGUUCAAAUAUUUAUGAGAAUCCUACAAUUAAUAAUAAUGAAGAAGGCGGGAUUCCAGGUAGGAUCCCUCUGCCACCUGUAUUCACACAUAAACAAAGUACUCCUGUUGUACGAAUCCCAACUCAGCAGAAUAAUCCAAGCACUACCAGUGUUAAUACAAAAGGUAGUAAUGCACCAAAACUCGAAAAUAGCCCUGGGCUUCCACCAUCUGCUGUACUGAGAAGUAGAGGACCAAGUCCUCUUGCAUCGAUGGCAAAUACGCUCAAACAUCCUCAGCUUCAUAGGAUAAUCACCAAUCCUUCAACAAAUACUUCAAGUAGUUCUCAAUAUUCUUCCCAAGAUUCCACAAGUUCAGCUAAAACUCCAGGCAAACAAGUAAAAAUAAAGAUUGGUCCCAAUAUCGCUGCUCAACAAAUUCAAACCUCCGGUUCUUUCAAUUCACCUCAGACCCCAUCUAGUGCAACUGCAAAAAUGGUAAAUGUAUUAGGAAAAUCAACCAGAAUAUUCCAUAGACAUCGUCAUACACCGUCAGAUGGAGUACAAAUGGCUAAUACUAAUUCACAAUCCGGUUCAUCUAAAGAAUCUCCACUCAGAACCCCAUCUGUCAAAUCUCCCCAUCCUUUGAAACAUUCUUAUUCAACAAAACGAAAACCGAGAUCGGAUUCAAAUAGUUCAGGUGGUAGUACUAAUAAUGAUAGCCGGGGAGUUUCUCCCGUGAUUCAAAGUUCUGCUGCAAAAGAAAGACCAUUCACACUUUCACAAUCAUCGUUUGGGUCUGACUAUGGAGGAAAAACAGACUAUUCUGCUGGUCCUGUUAGUAGUAUUAGUGCAGGUGGAAGUAGUAGUGCUGGAGGUAUGCCCAGUGCUGGCAGUGGAAGUGGUAGUGUUCCAAUUGGAUCUACAGGUAGUACAUAUAGUUUUCCAGCAUCUGCCACAUCUGCAACCACAGGAACGUUUUUUGGAGAACCAAUAAUGGAAACUACAAAAAGUGAAAGUGAACCAGAGAGAUCGGCUACUCCUUCUACUGUUGCUGAUGUCACCCCUUUUGUUGAUGGCACUCCUGUUGCUACUGCUACACUAUGUCCCAAGGCUGUACCUGCCCCUGAUCGGAUUCUUUCUGAUAAUAGUCUAGUAUAUGAUGAAACUGAAUCUAUAGAUUCCGACGCGACUAAGACCAAAAACCCAUUAUUCGAUGACGCAAUCUCGCCGACUUCAUUGGCAAGCGUUUCAGUAUUUGUAUUUGGAGGAUUCACCGUUGUGAAAAAUAAACCACAUCCCCACAAAGCGGAAGAAGAAGUGGAAGACGAUGGCGACCUUCCUCAUAAGAGUGAUAUCACGCGAUUUAAAGCCACCAAUGAUCUACUCAAGAUUGAAUUAGCAACCAAAGAAGACCCACUUUGUCGGAUUGGAUUUUCGUUCCUUCCAGAAGCAUUAGUGUUUACGGUGGGUACUGAUCGUGAAUGUGAUAUUGUGCUUGAUGAUGAGGAUGGUGCAGUAGAAUGGCCGGAACCGAGGGGAUAUUUCGCUUCUGCGUUGAUUGAUCAUCGACAUGGGGUAGUGGAAGAGAAUUGUACGUUGGAUGUGAGUGGGAAGCGGGAUGAGAUCUUGUGUGGCAUUGACCAGAGAGUUCAAUCACCGGCGAUUAGUACGACUGGUAGUACGGGGUCGUUUCAGUUUGGGGGUGGAGGACAGGGAAGUGGCGGUGGUGGUGGGAGUAGUAUAGGAGUAGGUGGUGGUGGUGGCGGCGGCGGUGGUGGAGUAGGAGGAGGAGUGGGGGCUUCGAGUAUGGCGGCAGUGAAUGAAGCUGAAGCUAAACCGGAGAAAUUCUUUUGCGAUAAAGCAUUUAUGGUCCAAGGUGGAUGUAAUGAAUCGAUGAAGUUUUUCGGUGAUUUCUAUAUGUUUGUAUUUGAAUCAUGCAAAUGGGAAAAAGUGAUUACUUAUGCUUAUGAUUAUUUCAAUAUUCCAUUAGCUCCUGAUGAAGAUGAUGAUGCUUCAAGGUAUACCAAGGAGAAUUUAGUUGAGAAUCCUGAAUUAAAAGAAGCUGAAUUAAGAAGUUGUCAUCAUUCAGCAUUAUAUUAUAAGAAUGAAGAACGUGAUUAUUUAUUCUUUUUAGGUGGAUUAAGAAAUGAUUUCUUGAGACAUUAUGAUAAAGAACCUUAUAAGAGUGAUAAAUUUGAUGUAUCGAGAUUUUCAAGAUUACCAUUAGCAACAACAAAUGAAAAUUUAUUAAGAAUUGCAGUAUUAAAUAUUCAAACUCAAACAUGGAGAUUUUUAAGAUAUUAUUUCGAUGUAAAUCAUGCAAUUACAAAAUCUUAUAUUGAAACAGUUGGACAAAAUCCAGUAUAUUUAAAUGCAAGAAUGUCAGGAAUGGCGGGUACUAUUUCUUUAUGCGAAAAGACCAUUAUAAUGGGUCAAGGUACGGUUAUUUUUGUUCCGGAAAAGAAAGAUGAUAUGGCUGUGCUUAAGGAACUUAUCCCUCUUGAUGAGGUAUUAUGGGGAGGACAUGCUUUAAUUACUUUCCCUGCUGCAGAAGCUGAAUUAGAUAUGGUUACUGGUAUGUUCAAUGCCUUAGUUAGUCAAUGUCAUAAUAAAUGUAUCAAUAAGACUUAUAAUGAAUCUGAUAUUACUAAACAAGAAUCACUUUGUUUGGAUAGAUGUGUUGCUAAAUAUUUCGAAACUAAUGUUCAAGUUGGAGAAAAUAUGCAAAGACUUGGUCAAACUGGUGCAUUAAUGGGUAGAAGAUAA